AGAGUUAUUUGUAUAAUAAUAUUACUUCAAAAGACCUUGAAACUCGGACCAAAUCUUGGACCAAAUCUCUCCACGCUUCUUUUUGUCUACCAAUUCAAGAUUCUAAAGGUCUUUGGAUUGAA